AUGUUCAACAUGGAUCACACAUAUUACACGGACGCAUUUCUGGAUGCAUGCCUUCUGGGCCAUACGACCAUAGAACUAACUGCCAAGCCGUUCACAAAUAUAAAGGACGAGGACAUAGAAGAGGCCCCCAUCCCCCUUGCCAGGGAUCAGGCAUUUCCAAUCGACUUCGGGCUUACCCCGUGGGAGCGUCAGGACCAAGCCUCCAAGAGAAUAAAUAAUUAA